AGACUUGCAAGACUAGAAAGAAAUAGUUGUAUAAUUUCCUCAAGAAAUUACUAAAUAUUAGUCGCUAGAGUACAACUUUAGCGUCAACAUUUCCUAGAUAAAUUCCCAAUAUAUACCAACUUCAAUAUCAAUAGUAUUGCAGUAUCACAGAACAGAAUAACACAAAUCUCAAACUCAGAGACAAAGAUUUAGUAACAAUAAUUAACAAUGAAAGCAGAGGUUUACAAAGCAGCAGUAAACGGAGAUGUGAGCAUCAUAUAUGGUGAUGAUGCCAUAGAAAGCGAGUUACAAUCUGUAACCUCUGGAAACAACAUCUUACACAUAGCAGCGCAACACGGGCAAUCGAAUUUUAUAGAAGAAGUUCUAAUGAAGAUGAAGUCAUCAAAAACGAAACUAAUCAUCCAAAAGAACAUCAAUGGGGAUACCCCUUUUCAUGUUGCUGUAAGGCAUGGGCAAGAAGCUGUUAUGGACGUACUAACAGGCGCAGCUAAUAGCUCACUCAAAUUGUUAUUGAUGGGUCAGAAUGAAGAUGGUGAUACACCGCUUCACGUUGCUCUUAAAUAUUCUCACAUUGCAAUGGCUCCCAGUCUUGCACCAAACCGUCAAAUCCUAUCUGUCAUCAACCAUUCUCAGGAAACUCCUCUUCAUCUGUUUAUUCGAUACCUUCCUCUCAAUGUAAUGCAAGGAGCAACCUCAUCAGGACAAAUUGGGAUGCUAAACUCUGUAGGCGUAUCCAUAGUUCCAAACUCAGUUUAUCUGUUUUUAAUGGACGCGGCGGAGAUUAUAUUGAGACACUUCCUAUCAUUGUACAACGAAGCUGCAUGCUUGCGUGAUGCAGAGGGCCUCACCCCACUAUUAAGAGCAGCACGUUUCAGGGUUUUCUGGGCUUUGAAAAUCAUACUGGAACUUUGUCCUGAAUCUGUGAAUGUUUAUGGCCCCCAAAAUAGAACAGUGUUACAUUAUGUACAUUUGUCUGAUUAUGAAGAGCUCCAAGAUUUGCUCAAAAUUCCAGAAAUCAAUGCCCUUAAGAAUGUAAAAGACUGUGAGGGAAACACACCAGCACACCUUGCUGCUAAAAGUAACAACUUGUUACUUUUAAAAGGUUUACAUGAAUCCAUGGCAGAUUUCUCCCUUAAGAACAACGACGGUCUUACAGUUGAUGAGCUGAUUGGAUCCCGUGAAGGAUUUUUUAGCAAAAUGGAAGAGGCAAUACUUAACUCCCGCAUUAGUGGAAAAUGGAUGGAGAAGGAGCUAUAUGAAGCAGUUGCAGGGAAGGGGGAUGUGACAUUGUUUGAUAAAAAGGAUGCAACAACAGACAUAGAUGGUAAGGUAAUUGCGAACAAUGAUGAAUACUUCCUGUCUCGGACACCAAAUGGAAGCACCAUACUUCAUUUAGCCAUCCAAAAUUGCCAUUCUGCAUUGGUCGAGGAGAUUCUAAAGCAUUUUCCCACUCUCCUUCUUUCAAGAGACUUUAAUGGUGAUACUCCUAUACAUAUUGCUGCUCGGCUCAGAGCCCCAGCAGCUGCACUCAUGGUGCACUCUUGUGCUGAGUGCUAUCAUGUACUUGAGCAAACAAUAUCUAGUAACGUGCUUCAUUUCCCACCAUGGAGAACCAAAAAUUCCAAAGGCAACAAUGCCAUUCAUGAAGCUAUGCGGACAAGCAAUUAUAACGUUGUUGAAGAGUUGUUAAAUGUUGAUCCUCAUCUCUCUAUAGCAACAAAUAAUGAUGAAGAAACGCCUCUUCAUGUAUUAGCUAGAUACGCCACAUACACGGCAGAAGAUAGGCUAUCGAUAAUCGGAUGUAUGCUGGAUUUAGAUGUUUUUCCUUCUUACAAGAAGGAUGUGGAGGGUUUAACCCCUGCUAUGAGAGCAGCCCAGUCUGGCCGAAUAAGAAUUGCUCUGCUGAUAUUUAAAGUCUGUCCUCAGUCAAUGGAAGUCCGUGACUCAAAGGGUAGAACAUUUCUGCAUCAUCUAAAUCUUGUGCAUCUUGACCUUGUUGAUGAAUCUGAGGAUACAAGUAGACUGGCCCAAGAAUUAUUUGCCAUUCCUGGAGUACAUAGCCUGAGAAAUGCACAAGAUGAAGAUGGAAACACACCCUUACAUCUCGCUCUUAAAACUGAAAACCUUGUUACUGCAAAAUUUUUGAUGCAGAGUUGCCUCAAGUCUACAACUAGGGAGGAAUUAACCAUCAUCAAUAAAGACGGUUGCUCCAUAUUCAGCCUACUUGCACUAUUGCAAGCAAAAAAGCCUGAUAACAAGGAUAUAAACGCAUUAGCACUACUCAACAAAAACUAUGUAAAAGAGAUAACCUUGAUAGAAAAGAUAAUGGAGAAAGAGCUGCAUAUGGCAGCAGUGGAGGGGGAUUUGAAGCUAUUCAAAGAGGUGAAGGAUGAUAUAGAAAUGGGACUUGGUAAAUAUGACACUUCCUAUUUCCUGACGCGAACACCAGAUGGAAGUAAUAUAAUUCAUAUAGCUCUUAGACCUGGAAAAGUAGAUACUGCAGAUUUUGUUGAGGAAGCUCUAAAACAGGUUCCAGCUCUCUUAAUUCAAACAGACUCAAAUGGAGAUACCCCUCUUCACCUUGCUGCAAAGUGGCACACUCCUGCUUCCAUAAAGGUACUCGAACACACAUCAGAAUGUUACCAAAAAGCUAGGGAGGAGAGCAGUCGAGGAGUUAUUCUUCCACCUUGGAGUGUUAAAAAUUCCAAAGGCAAUAUGGCUAUUCAUGAAGCAAUGUACACUGGCCAUAUAUAUGCUGCAAGUAUUUUGGUUACCGAUCCUGAGGGGGCUCUAUAUGUUAAUGAUGCUGGUGAAACCGCGCUUCAUGUAUAUGCUAGAUGUGGCAGUUAUACAGCCAUAGAUAAGUUGGAACUCGUAAAAAUUCUAAUCUCGAAGAACAUAUCUGCUGUUUAUAUGCGUGACAAAGAUGGUCUGACGCCUUUGUUAAGGUCUGCAAAGUGUGGCAGAAUUUGGGUUGCUCUGGCUAUACUAGAACAAUGUCCGCAAUCAGCACAACUCCGUGAUCCAAAUGGCAGGACCUUUUUGCAUCUCCUGCGGCUGGAUAUUGAAUUUACUGAGGCUUCUAGUGACUUCGUCUUCAAAAGGAUGAGCAAGCGGUUGUUCCGAAUCCCAGAAGUAGAUGCUCUAAGAAUGGUACAGGAUUAUGAUGGGAACUCACCUUUACACUAUGCCAUAAAGACUGGUAACUCAAUUACAGCAAAAAUAUUAGCACAUAAAUGUUUCGAAACCAAAGAAAUGUUUGAGUUAGUACUUGUGAACAAUGAGAACGAGGGACUUAUGGAUCUCAUUGCAUCCUAUCAGACCCCUGAUGAGAUUGUAAAGCUGAUUCAGAAGAAAGUGCCAAAAGUCAGCACUUCAUGGUUCCUGAGCUCUUAUGGAAUUCGCAAGGCUGAUAUUAAAGAGUCUGCGGGAUCCUUAUCAGUAAUUGCUGCACUUAUCACAACGAUGACAUUUGCAGCAGCCUUGCAAGUGCCUGGUGGAUUUAAUGGUGAUGAUGGGUCUCCUGUCCUUAUAACAAGGACAGCAUUUAAGGUUUUUCUGGUGUUUGAUAUCGUCGCUAUGUGCAGCUCCAUAGUUGUACUGCUUUCUCUCCUAUGGGUGAUGGCUUCUGGCAAAACUAGCGACUCCUUCAUAUUGUUAGACCUCUCCUUUUUCUUGCUGCAAUCAUCCUUUUAUUCAACCCUUGUGGCUUUCAUGUCAGGAGUGUAUGCGUCUACUAUACAUCACACUUCUUGGUUAGCUAUAUUUGGAUGUGUACUCUGCUCCACUGUCAUUCUGAUUACUUGGAAAACCUCAGUCCUUUUCCUUGCAAGAGCUAUCAAAAUUGUCACAAGGCUUCUCUUUAACUUGAAGACACACUCAUUUAAAGAAAUUUACCAUAAUGGUAAAGUGAUUUUAGGUGAUGAUUGAUUCAACUUUUACAUGUAUCAAUGUCGUAUUGAUGCUAAAAACAACUAUCAAGUACGAAAACCUCUAGUUCCUUUAUCCAUUCCCAAGGGCUGGUUGGUGAAAUCUAGAUUGCUAUUGAAAGAAUGGUAAAGUGAACGUAGAAGGGAACACCUUACACCAACGGGUGGUUUAACAGCACCACGAAAUGUUAAGAUAUUUAACAAAAUGAUAAAAGUGAUUUUAGGUGAUGAUUGAUUCAACUUUUACAUGUAACGAUUUCUUUGCUUAAAUCACGAAUUGAAGGCCAUAUGUGGCUAGAUAUCGAAGUACUUGACUUCCCCUAUAAAAUAAGUUGUACUAGCCUCCUUAACAUUUCGUGUAUCAUAUGUAUAAUUAAACUUUUGCUUGAU